AUGCAACUGGCUCCUCUGAAUCCAGCGGACAACGUUUGUGUAGAAUUGGAUACCCAGAAUGCCAGUAUCCCCGCAGUGCUGUCGACGCCAAACAUCAACACCGCAGUAGAAGUUGAUAAUACUUUGUACAUUGGGCAGUAUUACCAUCCGGUGCAUGGGAUUCUGAAAAUCGAAGACGGUAACCCCAUGAAGGCCUUCAUGGGCCGCGAAGGCAACGCUACCAUUGAGUGUACAACUUCGGUGUCGCAGUGUUCGAUGCGCUUUCAAGGGAUUGUGUGGUGGGUGUCGGAACCGGAUAGCUAUGGAGCGACACCCGGAUUAUUAGAGAUUAGCUUUAAUUUUACCAGUGAUGGUUUCAAAGCGAAGAUCGAAGAGACUGCUGAAGAAAAAUUGGCAAAAAUUGAAUCUCAGAUCAAAAGCCUGGACGAAAUUAUCCAGCAGGAUCGGCAACGGGAGAAACGCAUCUGGGCUAGUUUCCUCUUUAUCACGGGAUUCCUCUACGUUACCGUUGCGGGUAUUCUCCAUUUCUUUGUUCUGGAGCGCAGCACAAUAAUCGAUUAUGCGAAAUUGGUUCUCAUUUGGAUCACCCCAAUCUUUCUCAUUUAUUUCCUCCAAAGAUGGAUCCCUUGGUAUUUUGAGCGUCGAAUUCUAGUGAAAAAAGAGAAACUUAUCAAAUUCCGUCAAGAUAAGAAGAAGAUCCUGGAUCACGUGCGAGACAAUGAGCCAUACAAUAAAGCUAAAGCUAUUCUGGAGAAAUACGACCCGCUUUCCGUCACACCACGGGGCUCCACUCAGGCCGUGCCUUCCCAUCCCCAGGUCCGUUCGGGCAGCAAUGUGAGCCUGACGAAAAUGCCUGUGACACCGUUUCCCGCCACCGCAGCACCGGGUCCACGCCCUCCUUUACCCCAGCCCCGUCCAGGCGCCAAUAAUUUUUACCCGCCGCCAUAUGCGCCGCAAAAUCGUGAUUUGGUCUAUGGUCGACCGCCACAAAUCAAGCACCGCACCACCAUGGAUCGUAUGCUGGAUUUUCUCGUUAAGGAUGGCCCGGAGAACCGUAUGGCGUUGAUAUGCCGGAAUUGUGGGGCGCAUAAUGGGUUGGUUAUGCUGGAUGAAUUUGAUUAUACAGGAUUUAAAUGUUUCGAGUGUCUCGUAAGCCUCGUCCGAUUGUUUCGCGACCGAGCAUAAGCGCGGAAGGACAGCGCAGCGGAUCCUUUCCUCUAACCGGCUCAUUGGACAACCAGUUCGAGUCGUCCAGCUCAUCAGAGGAAGAAGAUGAGACCACCGCUACCCGCAUCGCGGAAGAAGAAACACCGGUGCAUCAGGCCACCGUCAAAUCAGCGGCGACCAUUUUCCAGCAUGAAGAUAUACCGCGCGCUUCCGUGGCGGCUGUGGAUCCGAGUUUGGAGGAAAGUGAUACGGGCAG